GUUGAAGUGUAUGAUAAACAAUAUGCCGCUCGUUUAGAUAACGUAUCCACAUUACGUAACGUCCAGGCGGUAAGCAAGCGUGCGCCGCGGCCACAAGACCGGAGUUUGCGUCACUGCCGCGCCGUUCGUCGGCCCGGCCACCCACCGCCCACUCCUCAUCUCGCCGGAGAUCGUAUCGCCGCAAUCGAGCGAAAUCUCGAACCGCGUCAACUAUAAUAUUCGUUACAAAAGUCUACAACUCGUGUCUGUCUCAAUAUUUUUCUAUGAGUGACAACUAUGGCCUCGAAACAAUAUAUUUUAGGAAUGGACAUUGGGACAACAUCGGUUAAAGUAUGUGUUUACGACCCCGAAACGAACGAAGUGGUUGCUAAGCAAAACAAGGAUACUGCGGCUAACAUACCCAGCGAUCAAGGAAUAGAAGGAAAUAAGCAAGAUGUCCCGAAAAUAGUGUCGGCUGUACAUUACUGUGUUUCGCGACUUCCUAGAGAUGUAUUGCGACAUGUCACCAAGAUUGGCGUAUGCGGUCAGAUGCACGGCGUCGUGUUGUGGAAUGAUGGAGCUUGGGAAAAGGUUGAAAAGGAUGGUAUUGUUAUGAGAUUUGAAGCAACAAGGGAAAAAAUGUCUGCUUUAUAUACUUGGCAAGACACAAGAUGCAAACCAGACUUUUUAGAAUCCCUUCCUAAACCAGAUUCCCAUUUACAAUGCUAUUCUGGUUAUGGAUGUGCUACACUGUUGUGGAUGCUGAAACACAAGCCGGAGAAGCUAAAGAAUUUCAAAUAUUCCGGUACAGUUCAGGAUUUUGUAGUGACUAUGCUCUGUGCUUUGGAGACACCAAUCAUGUCUGACCAAAAUGCUGCUAGUUGGGGAUAUUUCAACACAGAGAAAAACCAAUGGAAUAGUGAUAUUCUUAAGUCUAUUGAUUUCCCAGUAAAUCUACUGCCAAAAAUUGCGAAAAGUGGUGAAUUUGCUGGGAAACUAAGUACCACUUGGAAUGGAAUACCAGAAGGAACACCAGUAAGUGCAGCACUUGGUGAUCUCCAGUGUUCAAUGCUGGCCACUCUGGAGAAUGAGCAGGAUGCUGUGUUAAACAUAUCAACGUCGGCACAACUGGCUAUUGUUGUUAAAAACAUCACAGACAUGGGUUGCAAAACUAUUGAACAUUUGCCAUACUUCAAGAAUAAUUAUUUAGUGGUUGCUGCAUCACUAAAUGGUGGAAAUGCCCUAGCUACAUUUGUAAAAAUGUUACAACAGUGGAUGUUGGAACUCGGAGCACCAAUACCACAAGCAAAAGUGUGGGAAAAGUUGAUAGCUCUGGGGUUGGAAGCUCCACAAUCCAGUAUGAAGAUAAGUCCUCUACUUUUAGGUGAAAGACAUGACCCAACCGCUAAGGCAUCAGCUGUGAACAUUGAUCUCUCUAACAUUCAAUUAGGUCAAGUGUUCAGGUCCCUUUGUGAUGGGCUUGUAGAAAAUCUACACUUUAUGAUGCCAAAAGAGAUUUUAAGAAAUGCAAAUAUAAAGAGAAUAGUUGGUAAUGGGUCUGGAUUAUCAAGGAAUGCUGUAUUGCAGAGGGCUGUAGAGCAUUAUUACAGUUUGCCUUUAGAGUUCACAUCAGGGGGAGAUGCAGCAAAGGGUGCCGCAAUUGCUGUUAUGUAAAUAAUGUGUCCAAUAGAAUGCCUUUACUUUAAAAUUAAUUUUAAGUUAGAUAUGUUGUGUAGAACAUGAAACAUAAAAUAUUUAUUAAUAAACUAAAGUUCUCUAAA